AUGGCUGAACUUGCUGUUCCACUAGCAAUGGUCCUAGUUGAGAACCUCAUCAUAAAACUCAACCUUCCAAGUCCAAUCAACGCAAAGGAAGACGUUGAAAGAGCCCAGAAAAUGUUGAGUUGGAUGAAAGCCUAUCUUGCAGAACACUCAUCAGACGAGAUUGAUGAAGGCCCCCAAGUGAUUCGAAUUCGUGCAAAAGAGAUCCAAGAUACAGUUUACGAUAUUGAGGAAGCUCUUGGAAAGUUUGUGGCUAAGAUUCCACAUCACUUGCACAGAAAUAGAUUCUCUCGGAUGACGCACGACGUACAUUUCCCCUCUGUAUUGAAAGCAAGCAUAAAGUUAUCAAACAAGCUCAAAAAGAUUGAAAGAGGAAGCACUUUUGAUUCACUACCAGCACUAGAUUCACUUCUUGACCCACCAAUUCCCAACACAAGACCUGAAGAAACUAAUAAUAAUUUGGUUUAUCACCAAGUUUUUGAAGAAGAAGACACUGUGGACUUUGAGGAGCGUAAAGAAAUACUCAGCCAACAGUUGGUGAAAGGAGAUGAUCCAAGUCCUUUGAAGAUUUCCAUCGUGGGUCCUGGAGGCUCUGGCAAAACCACUCUUGUAAACAUUGUUUAUGGGAGCAGAAGGGUGCAAGGAUUCUUUGAUUGUCAUGCUUUUGUUGAUGUUUCGCGCACCUCUGAUUGCCGAAAGCUAUUGCUAAGCAUGUUGAGCAAAUUUGAGGACCGAAUGCAAGAACCAGUUGUACAUCAUCAUCAUCAUCAUCAUCAUCAUCAUUAUGAAGAAAUAGAUCCGCGGGACAAAUUGAGAAAACUUCUGGACCAAAAGAUGUAUGUGGUCGUUUUAGAUAAUGUUUGGAGCGACCAUGAUUUGGGAUGCAUUGUAACUGCUCUGCCAAAAGGUUCGCCUGGGAGUAAAAUAAUCAUAACUACUCGAGACUCUAAUUUAGCUUCUCUGCAUGCAAAUUCUGCCGAGUAUAUUCAUGAUUUGAGUAGAGUGUUAUCAUGGAAAGAUGUCACCAAGCUUUUCUGCAAGAAGGCAUUUCAAGGAAAUAAAGGCGAAUGUCCAGAGGAGCUUCAAGUUUGCGGAGAAAAAAAUCCUCAAGAGGUGUGA